AUGGCUUCUGUUCCCGCAGCUCAGUCUCUCCCCCUCCUCCUCCUCCUCCUCCUCCUCCUUGUCAUUGCUUUACUAACCCACUUCCCAUGCUCCACCGAUGCGGCGAGCGGGCCGACGGCGUCGAUGAGGCCUGCAUCGGCGGCGCUGCCGGGGCUGAAAUCGGUGCUGAUCGACGAGGCCAAGCGGCGGCGUCGGCUCAGCAGCUUCCAGAUAUGCGCCCUUUGCACAUGCUGUGGCGGCCCAAGGGGCCUCUGCUUACCUUCUCCCUGCUGCUACACCAUCAACUGCAACAUCCCCAACAGGCCCUUUGGCUUCUGCUCCUUCACCCCCAAGACGUGCAACUGCUUUGGGUGCCACCUCUGA